UACUUCCCUUGACAAUCACAACUAUGAGUUCCACGGCGCGACCUGUGUUGCAAGUGCUCCGGCAACUUGUCGCUAAUCGUGUGGCCGCGACGGGGUUCGAGUCUGUAUUGAAGCAGAUCCGCGUGGUGGAUGGCGAGGAGGGACGCUGUGUGUGUGAACUGGUCGUGUCUCCCGAGCUGUCAAAUCCCCGGGGGUCACUGCACGGGGGCGUGGCAGCCACGCUGGUGGACGCCGUGUCCACGUGGGCGGUGAUGACUACCGGCGAGAAGAAACCAGGUGUCACUGUCGACCUGAACGUUUCAUUUCUGAAAGCGGCACCCACGGGCGAGCCCAUACUGAUCGACGCUCGCACCCUGAGGGUGGGCAAGACGCUGGCAUUCCUGACGGUGGACAUCUUGAAGAAAGACUGUGGGACCUUGUUGGCUCAGGGAAAACACACUAAGUUCAUGGGAGUUUGACCAUCAGACCGUCACAGCAUGCACUAGUGUGGUUCCUGGAUGUAAUACCGUUGACUUAGAAGCUGCAAGCUUACAUUGUGAUGAGUUGACGGAUGCGUGUGCUUGAAGCAUGAAAGACGACCUGUGUAGCAUCAUUGAAAUAUUUAUACAUCAAGAACAGCAUUCGUGACCAACUCGUGUUAUUCCGGGACAAGCCGAAUAGCAGGUUACGGAAAGGGGCGAGUGGUGACGAAUGCAAGAACAGCUGUUCGUUCGUUCGUUCGUUCGUUUGGUAGUCAUGUCAAGGUCGCACUCCGCAAUAUUCGAGAUAUAUAUGAUUGCGACCUGGGCCACACAAUCAAGUGUCAAAAUCAAUAACAUUAUGCGCAUCGAUCCCCGCCAUUGGAAUACGAUGACAGGCAAUCAACAAAGUCAUACCGAUCACCCGAUCCAUUUAGUUGUCUAUUACGACAAGCAUAGAUUGCUGGAUCGAUGUUCUCAACCGAAAUCCCCAUUGGUUAAAACUGAUGAUGGAUGUGACAGGAGGGCAUCUGCACAGUGCACAAGUAUGCUGUGUCUGAUAGAGUGAGUGAGUCAUUAUGUAAGCAGUAUGGGGAAGUAAAUAAAUCUUCUUGUCCACAGCA